CAGCUACCCUCAACGGCAGUAGAUGUUAAAGCCGAAAGAGAAGCAGACAACUGGUGUGGUCCGCAAAAUGAAAAUUAGCACGCCUCAAGUGUAGGGUUUAGCCACAGAAGACAGUCGUUUGCUCAUUUGUAAUUGACAAGAGCCUUCCAGCAAACAACAAGCUUGUAUUCGGUGUAUUGUGUAGCCGUCAAAGAUUAGAAACAACCCCAAAAAGCGAGCGAGGAUGUUGGUCCCCGCGGGAAGAUAAUGAAGAGGCUGCGCGUUUUGUUGGUGUGCCUCAUUGUAGCUCUCCUGUGCUGGUACCCCAGUCAAUAUGUGUAUUGCUCAGAGCAGAGCUUGUCUGGCCCUGGUCAGUCUGCGGGGGACAGAAACCUGGAGGACCAGAAGCAGGAGCAGGAGCAGGACUCCACGCAACACAAGGUGUUGGAAGAAUGGACGACACACACAUCAUACGAUAUGGGACUAGAGACGGAGAGAGCAGCACUAGAAAAGCUAGCAACACACAAUGUGCUCCAAGAACCGACUGUGAAUCCUCGGCAGGCUGAGGGAGAAGAGACCAAGCCUGACCCAGAGUCUGAUACUGUACCUGUUGCCACUGAGCCAGAACCCCACCCAGACCCCCAUGUUGACGAGGACCUGCAAACUGACACCCAGGACCAUGACCAGGAGGUCCCUGUGUCCUCAACUCCAGAACCAGUCCCAGCACAGGGCCACGUGUCUACAGAUGCCCCUGCCCCAGCAGAGAUCGUCAGUGACGCCCCUGCCGCACAGCCCAGCCUGGACUCAACCUCAGCCACAUCCCCAGAUGAAGCUGAAAACGCACCUACCUCACAGAGCGACGACCACACCCACACAGAUGCGGUGCGGGUUGCCAGUGCAGGAGAUGAACUCGCAGUAGACAACUUUGUCUUUGCUGAGCACUCUGAUUCACAGUGCUGGGUCAUUCCCCCCGAACUGGCAACCUGUGAAAACUCCCCUUUUGGCAGGCCUCUGUUCAGUGUGGAUGAGGCUGGCAUAGAGGACCAGCAGUCAGGCCAGAGCCACACUUCUGGGGCUGAAGCAGAAGUCCAGUCUACUCCAGGCCAUGUGGACCAGGAACAACCACAGCAGCAGGAGCUGGAGGAUGGGCUGUCUGAUUUGGACCAGGAAGGCAACAAUUCUCAACACCACAAAGAACAGCAGGCAGAGCAUGGCAGUACUGCCAAGGAGACCGAUCCCUCAGUGCCCAGCAAAGAAGACAUCCCCACCUUCGACGAGUGGAAGAAACAAGUCAUGGAAGUGGAGAAGGAGAAAAGUCAGUCUCUCCAUACCUCAACCAGCGGCACCCCCCAUCUAGUGAAGAAGGUCCAGAAAAACUUCAAGAAUAACUAUGCCUCUGUGGAGUGUGGCGCCAAGAUACUCUCUGCCAACAACGAGGCCAAGAGCACUUCAGCUAUUCUCAUGGAGAACAUGGACCUUUACAUGCUAAAUCCGUGCAGCAACAAAAUCUGGUUUGUGAUAGAGCUCUGUGAGCCUAUUCAAGUCAAGCAGCUGGACAUUGCUAACUUUGAGCUCUUCUCAUCAACGCCUAAAGACUUUUUAGUUUCCAUCAGUGACAGAUAUCCUACCAACAAGUGGGUAAAGCUAGGUACUUUUCAUGCCCGUGAUGAGCGCAUAGUCCAGAGCUUCCCACUGGAUGAACAGCUAUAUGCUAAAUAUGUGAAGAUGUUCAUCAAGUACAUAAAGGUUGAACUCCUCUCCCACUUUGGUUCAGAACACUUCUGUCCACUCAGUCUAAUCAGGGUGUUUGGUACCAGCAUGGUGGAGGAGUAUGAGGAGAUAGCAGAUUCCCAGUAUCCGUCAGAGAGACUGGAGUAUUUAGAUGAAGACUAUGACUAUCCAACAGGCUACCAUCCUUCAGAGGACAAGGCCUCUAAAAACCUGCUUGGCUCAGCAACCAAUGCCAUCCUAAACAUGGUAAACAACAUUGCUGCUAAUGUGCUGGGCGGAAAGCCAGAGCUGGAGGGUGGAACAGAAACAGGAGGUAAUACGACAGCAAAGGAGGAUGAAAAGGAGAACACAGAAGUUUCACCUACACCAGCUGAAACACCAAAGGACUCUGCAGAACUUGAGCCCGCAGAGCCAGAACAUACAGCAACCCAGGAGGACUCAAAUGUCUCCAGUGACUCUUCCACACCUUCCCCCUCACCACCAGACUCCCAAGAGGACAGACAGAUUGUCACUCUGGUAGAAGAGGAGGAGGAGGACGAAGAGCCCAGACGGUCUACUGUCACCCUGAUGGAGGAGGAGGGAGAGGAGGAGGAAGAGAAGAGAGAGGAGGCGACGAGGAGGGAGGCAGACAGGAACCAGUGGGAGAGCCAGACCUACUGUCCUUUCUCCUCCUUCUCUUCCCUGUCUCUGUCCUGCAUGGCCACCCUGCAGGAGCUCCUCCAUCGCUGGUGCUCCGCCAGGCUGGCCAAGGAAAGACUCCGCAACCUUAGGCGGAGGCAGCUGAGAACUCAAACACAAACGCACCCUGAUGCAAACACCCCUUCCCUCACAAACACACCUCCGCUGAUCCCUGCCCCUGAUCCCACACCUGUCAAAGAAGCUCUUCCCCUCACAGAAAAAGCUCCAGAGCCUGAGGUGCCUGUUAAGGGCCAUGAGGGGAAUGUCUUGGGUGAGAUGCACACCACACAUCCAAACACUCACACCCCUGAAGCACACACUCCAGAGCUCAAGCUCGUCCUAGAGCCUAGUAGAACAGCCACUAUCCCCCCUCACAGUUUCUCAGACACCCCUAGCUCCCUGACAGUGCCUACCCCCUCCCAUGAGGAGAAGCUGCUUCCUCCCAUCAAAGACGCAGCCCUCGACCCAGUCCCCACUCCACCCCUCCAAGCUGCCACUAUCCCAGAGACGCAACAGGCCAGCAGUGCCACCCCCACCCUUACUGUGAGCUCACUCCCACAGCCUUUGGCCUCCGAGACAGCCUCUCCUGGUAUUCCAAUUCCCCCUGGCAAGGAGCAGCCUGUUCAGCCUCUUCCCACUGCAUCGAGGCCUGAAGAUCUUAUCCCCCCACCCACUGAACUGCCAGCACUCUCCCCACUGACUGAUACAGACGAAGUAAAGGCAGGCACAGACAGUGGGGACUCGCAGAGACACAACGUCCAGACUUCUCAGACUCACGGGGAGCAGGGGGACUCGCUCACUCUCACCGGAGAAGACACCGUGGACGAAGACCUGUUGAGCACUAUUGGAAAUGGCAAUGUCCACCGGACGGCUACAGACUUCUACGCAGAGCUGCAGAAUGGAGGAGAUUAUAAUGGUGGAGCGAUGAUCGGGAACGGCAUGUUGAACGGGGGAGCGGUGCACGGCUCCAGCCAGAAGGAGAGCGUGUUUAUGAGGCUGAACAACCGCAUCAAAGCCCUGGAGAUGAACAUGAGUCUGUCCAGCAGAUACCUGGAGGAGCUCAGCCAGAGAUACCGUAAACAGAUGGAAGAGAUGCAGAGAGCGUUCAAUAAGACCAUUAUCAAACUGCAGAACACCUCCCGCAUUGCUGAGGAGCAGGACCAGAAGCAAACAGAUUCAAUCCAGGUCCUGCAGAGCCAGCUGGAGAACGUCACUAAACUGAUGCUUAAUCUCACCGCUACUGUCAGCCAGCUGCAGAGAGAGGUAUCUGACCGUCAGAGCUACCUGGUGGUCUCUCUGGUUCUGUGUCUGUCUCUGGGCCUCCUGCUCUGUCUGCAGUGCUGCCGCAGCUCCUCUCCCUCUCCCAACAUCAACGCUGCUGCCCUUAUCAAGAGCAACCACUACCCCAGCCCCAAGAGAUGCUUCUCCUCCUAUGACGACAUGAGCCUAAAGCGCAGGGUCGCCUGUCCACUUGUUCGCUCCAAGUCAUUCCACUUGUCCUCUACAGAAGUAGGUCCAGAUGACUUGUACAUUGUAGAACCUCUAAGGUUUUCUCCAGAGAAAAAGAAAAAGCGCUGCAAGACAAAGUCGUUGGACAAGGUUGAGAUUCUGAAGCUAGCCGAUCCCUCUGCUCCACUCACAAACGGGGAUCUCAACUGCAACGGCUUCCACCCGUGCCUCCCUGCGCCGCCAUCACCACCUCCUCUUCCUCCUCCUUCUCUCCCACUGCCCCCCCCUCCCUCUGCAGAGGAGGUAUCAUCCCUGCCCACUUGCACCUCCAAGGAGUUCCCUUCAGAGACUAGCAGCUGCAGCUCGUCCACCCACUCUGAGGAGUCCUACACAAGCCGUCUCCCACCUCCCUCUCCCAGCCUGUGCAACGGACACGGCCCGUCUUUCUCCCUCCAUCAGUCUCCCACCAAGUCCCGCCAGGAGAAGCGCUCGCUGAAGCGGAGGAAGUCGCGGCAGACGGAGCUGCAGUUCCCUACCAUGCGGCGGGGAAGCCUGGGUUCUCUGCCCAGCCUGCAGCAGCUUAUAAAGGGAAACAAGGAGAUCAGCGUCGGGACCAUCGGGGUGACCGCAGUCACCGGACAUGUCUGAACACUCUUACUUUUACACGACUUUCUAUUAACAACCAUAUAUAUACACACACACACACACACACACACACACCAACACUAUAUGGUAGCAGACUUGUGAGGAGAUGAGGUCUUACUGCAUCCAAAAGAACCACAUUUCCCAUGAGCACCCAGGCACACCGUGGAACUGAAGUGGCUGGGGCAGCAGUAGCUCCACAUCAUCCAGUUCCUUAUCCACUCCUGUCAAAGAGCUGUUCACGGUUAUGUGCCUUUAUAUCUGUUCUCGACAUUUUUAAUGCUAAAAGACAUGUGACAUUUAAAGAAUUAUUGAUGUGGACAGAGAGAGACACUGAGGUGGGGAGUGAAACAUUAUUACAAGUCAAAUCCAUUGAUGAGGUUUUUCUUUUUCUUUUUUCUUUUACUGGAUAAGCACAUUGUCCCAUGACAUUUGAGCACCAGAAAAGUGUUUAUCCCCACUCUGAGCACAGUGAGGAGAGGUGCUGGCCUCAACUCUACGUUCCUUCACCUAAGUGGGCAUCAAGAAGUAUUAAGGCUGCUCUUUUUUUUUUGGAUGAAAUGUGUCGUCGCGAGAGAACUGUGGAGCAUGACAAACUACUUCUAUAUCACCUUCUGUCUUUCAUUGCCAUCAUUUUAUCCAUUCUGUCUUUGUAUUGCAUCCUAACACGACUGCAGGUGUUUGUAUGGGACCAGAGUGUUCAACUUUCAUCGUACGCCAGAAUCUCUGUUUCUCUUCCUCUGUCUCCGUCAGUCUGUUCCAAACCAACCAUCAGAGCUGAAUGAAGAACAGACUUUUACAUGUCCGAAUGGGUCAUUCCUUUCAGUUUAGUGUCCCAUUUAACCCCAUAUUACAAAUGCAAUUGCAGCAGUCUGUAGAUCCUACUAAUUCACGAUGAAUUGUUCUGUGAACUGUCCCUACCCGGUUAGUUUGGGCUGGGCCCAAAGAGCUUACUCACACACCAAUUACAGGGGAUAUUGUGACUGUGGGGGAACAGGCUAAAGGCAAGCCGUUUUUUUUUUUUUUUUUUAUUUUUUUAUUUAUUUUAUUUUAUUGUUUCUUUUAUCCAAUACCGAGCCAUGCUCCUCUCUUAUCAUUGCUCGUGUGGUUUGUUUGAGUUGUCGCAUAAGUAUGGAUGCAUAAAUAGUUGUUUAGGGCACAAUGUACUGUAGGAGCACAUUGUGCAAAACUGUAUGUUUACACUUCGUCUCACACACACACACACUCGCACUUACUGGCACCCUGCAGCCUAGUCUGACAGACCAGUUUUAUUUAUCUAUUUAUUUAUUCAAAUGACUACAGAUUUUUCUAACUUAACUUUGUUUCCCGUCUCCCAAUCCUGCAGUGUCAAAGCAGUUUAUCCAUGACAGUAUGUUACAUAAAUAAAAUAUUACAGUGAAAUCCACUCAACCACACUGACACAUGGCCACGGUGGAUGGCUUGACCUCGGACAUUUUUUCUUUUCUUUUCUUUUUUUUUUUUUUUUUUUAGCUUGGGCUCUGACAUUAUGGCAUCCCCUAACUCUGUUUGCCUCUGCCUGAAAUAUCUGACUAAUACGAUAGCAGUCACAUAUCCUGCAGCAGCAACAAGAUGGAGUACUGAUUUUAGAAAACCACAGGCUUCUUAGGAUCCUCACACUGCUGCUUUUGUAAUUUGGUUGAGAGCAGCUGGCUGGUAGGACGUAGUGGAAAGGGUCAAUCUGAGUGUUGAUGAAUUAUUGUCCCGUCUUCUAUGUCCUUAUUUCAGGGUCUUUGAUGGAUCACUAGCCAACCCAUUUUUUACUUGCCCUGUUCAUGAUUACAUGACUGGCCUACGUUAACAUUCAGUUUAAUGUUUAAACGGUGUAGUUUUAAGUAAUCAAAUGUAUAUUUUUCUUUGUGUAUGCAGUUUCUGACUGGCUCUGUGUGGUUGCAUUUGGGUACAUUCUGACAGAGAACUUCUCUUACUCUUACUCUCCCAAAAGAGCGUCAUUACCUCUCCUGACCAGCUUCUAUAGCUCCUCUUUCUCUUUACAUAUCUUUAACCCCCCCAUUGCACGACUUAUUGUGACUGUGAAGAAAAGUUUUUAUAUGCCUGCUUUAUUAGCCACUCUAACAGGUUCCCAUUGGGAGCUUGAAACACUACAAUGACUACCUGCUUGCUUUCUAGCUGAUCUGUGCAUCCUCACUCUCAUUGUACACUAUUGUCUUUUAUUCACUUGUCAUUGCUCUUUGACUUUGUGUGUUUGCCCCCCUCCCUCCCCCCCACCUUGAAUACUUGUGGUUUGUGAGGAGAUGAAUAUUGUUGAAAAAAGGGAAUGCAGCAAAGAUGGGUACAUUUGGAACACUUUUAAUGUGAUUCUGUAUGUUUUGUUUGUUUUUUAAACCGUGUGUGUGUGUGUGUGUGUGUGUGUGUGUGUGUGUGUGUGUGUGUGUGUGUGUGUGUGUGUGUGUGUGUGUGUGUGUGUGUGUGUGUGUGUGUGUGUGUGUGUGUGUGUGUGUGUGUGUGUGUGUGUGUGUGUGUGUGUGUGUGUGUGUGUGUGUGUGUGUGUGUGUGAACCUCGUGUGUGUGUCUGUUAUGAGAGACUACUUUGAAACUGCUUAUCCUGUAACACAGCGAAUAAGGAGAAUGCCCUUGGCGAGAAAUUUUAGGAGCACUUUGUAUGACUCUUCAUGCCUUUUUUUUUUUCUACCUUAUAUGUCAAGUGCUAUCUUUUCUUUCUCUAUCCCUCUCUUUCUCUCUGAUUAUUCUGAAGAGUGGCACAGUAUUUUUGAGAAAGGAGUGAGUUACUACAAAACGUGUAGUGCCAUUAGAAACUGUGAAUUUCUAAAUAAAACCUUUUUUUUUUUUUGUUGUCUUUCA